AUGAAGGUUAAAGUCUUGUCGCGGAAUCCGGACGAUUAUGUCCGUGAGACCAAAUAUGAUAUUCAACGUGUUCCUAGAAACUACGAUCCCAGCCUCCAUCCAUUUGAAGUCAGCCGAGAAUACACCAGGGCUCUCAAUGCCACCAAGUUGGAGAGAGUCUUUGCUAAACCUUUUCUGGCCUCUUUGGAUGGACACCGAGACGGCGUAAACUGCAUGGCCAAACACAGCACCAGUCUGUCUAGUUUACUGUCUGGGUCCUGUGAUGGGGAGUUGAAAAUCUGGAAUUUGACCAAACGAGAAUGUGUUCGAACUCUGCAAGCUCAUGAAGGAUUUGUCAGAGGAAUUGUUGUUAGGUUUUGUGGGACAUCCUUUUUCACGGUAGGGGAUGAUAAAACUAUCAAACAGUGGAAAAUGCAGUGUCCAGGAUAUGGUGAAGAAGAGGAACCACUCAAUACUAUACUAGGAAAGACUGUCUUCACAGGACUGGACCAUCACAGAACGGAAGGUGUGUUUGCUACAUGUGGCCAGCAGGUGGACAUCUGGGAUGAGCAGAGGAGCAGUCCAAUCCGCUCUUUUACAUGGGGUGUGGACAGCUUCAGCUCAGUUCGUUUCAACCCUGUGGAGACUGAUCUGCUUGCAAGCUGUGCUUCUGAUAGGAGUAUAGUGCUUUAUGACAUGAGGGAAGCAACUCCACUUAAAAAGGUUGUAAUGACCAUGAGGAGUAACACACUCAGCUGGAACCCAAUGGAAGCAUAUCACUUUACGUGUGCAAAUGAAGACUAUAAUCUUUACACUUACGACAUGAGAAAUUUGGAGCAGCCGCUCUUAGUACAUAUGGAUCAUGUUUCUGCUGUUCUGGACAUUGACUUUUCUCCGACUGGAAAGGAGUUUGUAUCUGCCAGUUUUGACAAAACCAUCCGGAUCUUCCCCAAAGAUGGCGGCCACAGCAGAGAAGUCUAUCAUACCAAGCGUAUGCAACAUGUUAUCUGCGUCAAAUGGUCUGCAGACAACAAAUACAUUUUAAGCGGCUCAGAUGAGAUGAAUAUUCGUCUAUGGAAAGCCAAUGCUUCAGAGAAACUUGGAGUUGUGGGCCACAGAGAAAAAGCAGCCACAAACUACAACCAGAAGUUGAAGGAGAAAUUUCAGCAUCAUCCUCAGAUCAAGCGCAUCGCCCGUCACCGACACCUCCCAAAAACCGUGUACCACCAGUCCAAGGAGAUCCGCGUUAUGAGGGAGGCCCGGCGCAGAAAGGAGAAAAAUGUCCGCAAGCACAGCAAACCAGGAUCUGUCCCUGUGGCCACAGAGAGAGAGAAGCAUGUGGUGACAGUUGUGAAAUAA